CGCGAGAAACACCGGUGUUUCACACACAACCAGUUGUUCUACGGUCUGUGUGAACGGGCAAGUCAUAACAUGUCCGGUGUACUUUUUGAGGAUAUUUUCGACGUGAAGGACAUUGAUCCAGAUGGCAAGAAAUUCGACAGAGUUUCUCGGCUCCACUGCGAGAGUGAAAGUUUCAAGAUGGACCUUUUACUUGACGUGAACACCCAGCUGUACCCGGUGGAUCUUGGUGAUAAAUUCCGUCUGGUUCUAGCGACGACGUUAAGGGAAGAUGGUUGCCCUGAUGAUGGUGAAUACACACCCCUUGACGACGGGACGCCUACUCGAGCAGACAGUUUUGAGUAUGUGAUGUAUGGUAUCGUGUACCGCAUUGAAGGAGAUGAGAGUAACACAGAAGCCGCCUCAAGAUUAUCAGCCUACAUAUCCUAUGGAGGUCUGCUGAUGAGACUGCAGGGUGAUGCUAAUAAUCUCCACGGCGUGGAGCAAGACAUGCACGUUUACCUCCUGAUGAAGAAGUUGGCCUUCUAGAAUCUUCUAGGUCAUUUUGGAGACUUUUGGGACGAUUGAGGGCAGCAGACUUAAGGCCCGGUCACACAGGCCCC